GAGUAAGUCACGUGAAUUUGUUUUGCUUUUGGUGAUUGAUGGUGAUGAUGGGUUGUGGCCUUUACUAUGUUGUUGUUGGUGGUGGUGUUAUUGCAGAUGUGAGGGAACUGGAGCCAUAGGCCAUAGCUGUACACAGGAAGGCUCAUUUAUAUUCUCGGAAACCAAGGCCUGAUAAAACCACCGCCACCGCCACCGCCGGUAUGAGGCAGAGCCACCGCAAUCACGGAGGAGCUCUGCUGGGGGUCUUGGUGCUGCUGCUUCCAGUUUGGUUGCCAAGUCUUUUCGCUCCACUCAGCCACGCCUCUCCCUCCCUUUUCUCGGAAAUCAAUGCUCCAAAACCUAGGCACUUGCGUUUACUCAAGUGUGCUUUACAACGUGAAAAUGGAAAACAAUCUGAUCUCUGGACUCCUUUGGCUGAUCAAGGAUGGAAGCCAUGUGUGGACUCUUCGAACCUCCUCUACCUACCACACAAGUCAGAAGGAUACAUCCAAGUGUUCCUUGAUGGAGGGUUGAACCAGCAGCGAAUGGGGAUUUGUGAUGCAGUUGCUGUUGCUAAGAUUCUGAAUGCAACUUUAGUGAUACCACAUCUUGAAGUGAAUCCUGUGUGGCAGGAUUCAAGCUCUUUUAUGGAUAUCUUUGAUGUGGAUCACUUCAUUGACGUCUUGAAGAAUGAUGUUUCUAUAGUUAAAGAGCUGCCUGAAGAAUUCUCUUGGAGCACGAGGGAAUAUUAUUCCACAGCAAUUCGAGACACCAGAAUUAAAACAGCUCCUGUCCAUGCAUCAGCUAACUGGUAUUUAGAGAAUGUCUUGCCCGUCUUGCAGAGUUAUGGUAUAGCUGCCAUUGCACCAUUUUCUCACCGGCUAGCAUUUGACAACCUGCCAAUGGACAUCCAACGCCUACGUUGUAAAGUUAACUUUAAAGCACUUAUAUUUGUGCCCCAUGUUAGAGCUCUGGGAGAUGCUCUUGUCAGUCGCCUUCGGUAUCCGCAUGGCCAUCAUGAGGGGCUUGAUACCAAUUAUUUGAGAGAGGUUACUGAGGCAAAAGAGAAACAAGGACCAAUGAAAUUUGUUGCGGUACACCUUCGGUUUGACAAGGAUAUGGCGGCUCAUUCAGCCUGUGAUUUUGGAGGAGGUAAAGCUGAAAAAUUGGCUCUGGCUAAGUACAGACAAGUGAUUUGGCAGGGAAGGGUCCUGAACUCUCAAUUCACUGAUGAGGAGCUGAGGAGUCAGGGCCGUUGUCCUUUGACUCCUGAAGAAAUUGGAUUGCUUCUAGCAGCUCUAGGCUUUGACAACACCACUCGUCUUUAUCUUGCCUCCCACAAGGUAUAUGGUGGUGAGGCUAGAAUCUCAUCAUUAAGACGAUUGUUUCCACUUAUGGAAGAUAAAAAGAGCCUUACCUCUAAAGAAGAAAGGGUCCAUAUUAAAGGCAAGGCUUCUCUAUUAGCUGCAGUUGAUUACUAUGUCAGCAUGCACAGCGAUGUCUUUGUUUCUGCAUCUCCAGGGAACAUGCACAAUGCAAUGGUGGGACACCGAACGUAUGAGAAUCUGAAGACUAUUCGCCCAACCAUGACAUUGUUGGGGCCACUCUUUUUAAACAAGAGCAUGAAUUGGCCAGAAUUUCAACAAGCGGUGGUGGAAGGCCACGAGAACAGACAAGGGCAUAUCAGGGUUAGGAAGCCCAAACAGUCAAUCUACACAUACCCAGCUCCCGACUGCAUGUGCCAUGCUUAAAGGCAAAAUCCUCCCGGAUUGUGUGUUCGCGCCUUAGUAGGUAUAUCUAAUGAUUCAAACUGCUACUAUUGUUUGUGUUGUAAAACCUGAAUAAGAUGCAACAACCCCUUUACUGUGGAGGUGGUGGGUGUUGUGUAGAAAGGGAGUAGUCAUCGCGAGUUGUGUAUCCAAAAUACCAGUUAUGAAUAGCCAGCAUUUCUAGACAGUUGUGUGUUGUAUAAUAUCAUUCAAAUUGUCAAAAUUUGUUGUUAGGCACGGCCUAUCAAAGCUGGAUAUACAAUCACUGUAUCUUGAGUUUCA